ACCUCGAAUGACGUGUGUGCGUAUGUCCCAGUGGAAUAUGCGCCCUAAAACCGGAUGAGCGUGGUGUUUGUGUUUACGCUUUAUCUAUUUGUGUUAACCUAAAUCGUUGCGAUGAAUCCUAACAGACGUAGAAAAAAGCGUCCCAAUUACGGGAUUAGGACUGUUGAAGUGAUGCGGGGCCCUAAUGGAUUCGGAUUUACGAUUUCUGGACAACAACCCUGUAUACUUUCGUGCAUCGUAAACAAUUCGCCAGCGGAUCAGGCCGGACUUCGGGCAGGGGACUUUCUCAUCUCUGUAAAUGGUGUGUCUGUGUCUAAAAUGGCUCACGACGCUGUUGUCAACCUAAUUGGAAAUUGUGUUGGUCCCAUUAAAAUGACAAUAGCCGAAAACUAUUAUUCCGAUAGCAGUGACGAAGAAUUGGACUGCGGACGCUUAGUGAAUAGCAGAAAGCCCAAAUACAUGCACAAACCUCGAGCACACAGAUUAUACAAAUCUGAAACUAGAAAGGCAGCGGAAUCAAACAAUGUGAGUAAAAUAAGGGAGUGUUUACCCAAGGAAGCCAGUUCUAAUGUCUAUGAGGAAAGCACAUCCAAUGACAAUAUAAAUGUAUCCAAUCCAUUGCCUAUGGAAGAUGAAGCUGGCCCAAUUGAGUAUAAAGCUCUGGUAGGAUAUUUGGGCACAAUAGAAAUGCCCAAACAAUUACUUCCAAACUCUAGACUGCAGACAGUGUGCAGUUGUAUACGUAAACUUAGGCAAGAAAAAAGAACGCCCACAGCAGUGUUAAUGACAAUUUUACCAACUUGUUUAACUUUAAAGAAUGCUUCAAAUCAUAUUCUAGCCAUUUAUCCUACAAAUAGAGUUGUGUAUGUUGGCUCUGCAACAGACAAGGAAUCGCGUUAUUUUGGUUUGGUGACAAGUGCUGUUUGUGAUACAAGGAACAAUGACAAUCUGCAAAACAGAUAUGGUGAAGUCAACCUGUGGCAGCAUGAUGAGAAGAAAGUUAACAACAUGGACAAUGAAAUAGAAGUUUCAAAUAGUUGUCACGUCUUUGUAACAGACCCUAAAAUUGUUGAUCACAGUGUUCAUGUGAAAAAGGCUGAAAAUUUUAACAUACACUGCACCACUGAUCUAAUUACUGGUUAUUGUCUUGAGUUUCCAAGAAAUGCUUUGUACAUUGUCAGCCUGGUACAGAAUAUGUACAAGUUACAAAAUAAUGAUUACAUAAGAAACUCUAAUAAACCUGAAGACUUGAAUUUGGGCCCCCUUGUAGCGAACUCACCACAACCAAGUGCGAGCAGCAACUCUGACUCUGGCAUUGGUUUUAGAGAUGACUGUGGCAACAUAAGUGAUCGAAUUUUGGUUGUGGAGUUUCCAAUGCACAGAGCUUUACCAGUAAUGAAUAACAACAAUCGUCCGGUAGGAAUUGACGCUUCCAACAUGGUCUUGGAAGAUUUAGAUUUACCUUUAAACAAUGGUCCCUGCCAGAAUUAUGAACUAAACAACAUAAGGUGCCAUAAUAAUCUUGUAUUAGAACAUCCAAAUAAUUUAUCCAAGGCUGGUACAAGUAAUGGAAAAAACAACGAUUUAAAACAGUUAAAUAACAUAAAUAAUAUCCGUGCAUGUGAAGGAGUGAACACUGGUAUAAAUAUUAAGAACUUCAUAGAGAAGUCAGACAGUUUCAUCAAAACUGAUUAUUUAGUGAAACAAAACAAUGAUGAUGACUUGCAAUACAACACAGACAUAAACAGGUUGACUUGCAGAGCAAUGCCUGACCCUGAUAUUAAAAAAGCCAGAUGUAUGUCUCCUAUAAGCAUUGUCAGCUCUGAUGACAAUACCCGAACUGCUGAUGUUGACACAGGUGUUAUUUACAAUGAACGCUCAGUUGAUGUUGAUAACAGUCCUAGCAAAAAAUCUUACGAAAGUGUGUCAUUACAUUCAGAGCUGGAUUUUAAGAGUUCCAUUGACAACAUUUCUAUGCACAGCUCAAAAAGUUUGGAGUUUAGUAAUUUAAUAAACGUUUUCAAAGCCCCAACAGCAAAAUUUUUUGAGAAGGCCAAAAGACAGUUGAAAAUGAGCAGUGUUGAUGGUUUGGAUAAGUACAAUGAAAAUAUAAAUUACAAACUCAGUCCCAAAGUGUAUGGUAUGUCAAAACCUAAUUAUAGUUGUGAAGAACUAAAUAAUUUGGACUCUGUGGAAAAGUAUAGUUAUGGAAGUUUGCAAGAACUGUGUAGCUGGAAUGGACAGGAGAAUGCUAGGAGGAAUAUUGCACAAAGCGAACCAGACGUCAGAAUCAUGCAAACUGGAAACGUUCUGUGCGAACAAAACGGUGUCGCCAAGUGCAACAAUCCCGAAGGCCCGGAGGCCUGGGCGAAUUCGUUCGAGAAACUCCUGGAGGACCCACUGGGAUUACACGCGUUUGCUGAUUUCUUAAAGAAGGAGUUCAGCGCGGAAAACAUCUAUUUUUGGGUGGCGUGUGAAAAGUACCGUCGCCUGCCGGCCGGCGCUCUCCGUGUGGCAGAGGCACGCCGCAUCUAUGAGCAACAUCUAUGCCCCGGGGCGCCCGAACCAGUCAACGUCGACGCCCAGGGCCGCCAGAGAACCGAAGCUGCUCUCAAAGAACCAGACGAAUUCGCGUUCGACAAAGCGCAGAAACAAAUUCUCAACUUGAUGAAGUUCGACAGUUAUCCUAGAUUUCUUAAAUCAGAUAUAUUCAAACAGUGUCUGUCGGGCGACAUUAGUAGAACACAAGUGGAUUCGCAGCUGCAGAUAACGACGCCCACGCCGUCCAAAUUAAAGAAAUCAUUAAGCAAUGCAGAGGAUAGAAGGCGAAAAUCUCUUUUACCGUGGCAUAGGAAAAACCGAUCGAAAUCAAAGGAUCGCGGCGAGAACGAGUACACUCACCACCGAAGAAAUGAUGCCGUUGCGGUGAGCACAGAGAAUUUAAACAGAGAUGUGGGGAAUAGCGACGUCUACAGUAGUAGAUCUUCACUAACAUCAUUGGAUCUGGCUGAAUUAGCCAAGUCAAAGCUAAACCAUGAACACAGGCCGCCUCUAUGCAGAGUUAAGCUGAGUAAUGGUUCAACUACAGUAGUACAAAUUAGAGAGGCUGAAUCUAUUGAUCAAUUAGUAAGUAGGUUGUUGCAGAAGAAACGACUCAAAUACUCGUCAUAUGAGGUCACUACCAAUAAGCACGAGAAGCCAUUAGAUAUUAACGAUUCAUCAUCGAAGCUGGCUGGUUGUGAAGUGGAGGUGGAACAACGAGUCGUGUUUCGAUUAGAUCUCCCAAACAAAAGAAUAGUAUCUGUGAAGUCAAAAUAUACAAAACCAAUACAGGACAUUUUAAGGCCUAUACUUCACAAAUACGAAUUUAAUAUGGACCAAAUGAAAGUCACCACCCACCAAGGAGCGCCUGUAGAUGUUACACAGCAUGUCAUAACUAUUGACGGGGCCCGACUGACCGUCCAGCGGAAAGACGAAAAAGAUAUUACACCUCAGGUUACAUUAGAAAAGGGAAAAGUAGAAGAAAUCAAUAAUCAAGUAUUUGAAGACAUUCUCCAGAAAAAGGCUGAAGCUGCUUUGGUGAAACCAUGCAAAUCGGAUCGUGGUUCUGUCAAGAGCGAAGACUGGGGUUCCGAGACAUCAGCAAGUUUACUUGGCAAGUUCCUGCGACGUGAUUCCACUUUGCAGGAUCGGAAAAAAAAGACGGCUGCAUUUCGAGGAAAUAACACUGACGAAUGCAUUACGGAACAAACUAAAAAACCGCUAAUCGCCAAAUGGAAACCUGGUGUGAGCAAGCAACAAGUGUCGUGCAACGAAAAAGAUGAAUUAUUGGAAGGCCUGACGAAAGCACAACGGAGAUUUGAAGACCAACGAGGCACCGAAAUAAACUUUGAGUUACCCGACUUCUUAAAGGAUAAAGAGAAUGAAGAACAUAAGUUUCGGAAACCAUUACGGCGACCCAACGAAGAGACCGGGACCAGUCAUCUUCGUAAAAAUGAUCGAGUAACCAAGAUGGAGUCGCAGUCAUCAGUGUAUGAAAAUCGAGCCGUUUUCUUAAACAAAAUUAAUGACAGAGGGAACGAUCCAUCGAAUAAACAGAAUCGCUUUGGAUCGCCAGUAAAAAGUUCCUCUGAUGAAGGCGGUUCUUCAUUACCCUCAACACCUGAUACAAGCUUAAAUAAGACGGUGGUGGAGAUAAAAGUGUCGCCACCAACGGGUUUGCCCCCGCCUUUGCCUCCAAAACCAAAAAUUGUGCCCAUUAAACCUCAGAAUUGGGGGAAUAAUGGUUUUCAAAAGAGGGAAUCUACCGCUACUGAAAAGACCAAUCAAUUGUAUUUAGAGCAACCGACUAGCAGCUUUGUGUAAAUAUUUUUUGUUAAAGAAAGUCUAUUGAUACUGUAUAUACUAUGUUGAAAUGUAUAAAUUAAGUGUUGUAUUUUUAUAUAUCUUACAGAUAGCUUUAAAAAUGUAUGAUUUAUUUAUUGGUUUUUGUAUUAUAACAAAGUAUUUUAUGUACAUAUAAGAUAUAAAU